AUGAAUGACUCUCAGAAUUCGACGUGCGAAGUUUUAAUGCAUCAUUACGCCGUCACUACUAAAGUUGACCAUCUCCGUUAUACAUACAUCUCAAACUGUAUUUUAAACAGUUUAUUGUCGCAUCCCGCGAUCAUGCUCAACAUUGUAACUAUCCACGCGAUUCGAAAAACGUCUUCGUUGCCAAGGACUCUGAAAACAUUGCUUUUAAGUCUAGCUGUUUCCGACAUUGGAGUUGGUUGUAUUGUUCAGCCGUUUUACAUUUCACUCUUGAUCAAGAACCUGCUGGACAAGAUCCCUAGCUGUCACACGUACAAUAUGUUUGGGAUCACGUUGGGUUUGUUUUCUAUUGCUUCGUUCCUGGGUGUUGUGGCUGUAAGUGUAGACAGGUUCUUAGCUGUUCAUCUUCAUCUCAGAUACAAGGAACUUGUGACUCACAGGCGUGUUAUUGCUGUGGUGAUCUUAAUCUGGCUGCUAAGUGUAUUUCUUACAUCAUUGUUCCUCUGGGUUCCGUUUCUAGUACACUCGAUAUUUUUAAUCAUUUUUGGAUUGUCGUUUUUCCUUGUCACAACAACAGUCUACGUUAAAAUUUAUCAGACUGUUAGACACCACAAGAAACAGAUCCAGUCCUUGCAACGUUUACAACAGGUGGAACACAUUGGUGAGAUGUCAAAUAUGGUCAGCGUCCAAAAGUCUGCAGUCGGCAUAUUCUACAUGUAUCUCGUAUUUGUGGCUUGUUAUUUACCUUACUUGGUGUGUUUGGUGGUAGCUGACACAACUGUGACAAGUAACUCUAUCAAGAGCCUCUACCUUUUCUCGUAUACCAUUUUAUUUCUGAAUUCAUCUCUGAACCCUGUAAUUUACUGCUGGAAGCUGAGACACAUUCGACAUACUAUCAUGGACAUUAUGCGGAACAUGCCCUGGAACAGAAAGCACGUAUACUCAACUUGGCAUCGAUCGGUCACCACGGAGAGUGUUCAGGAUGAGGUACAAUCUGUAGUAUGUUCGAGGAUUGCUUGAAUGAAGUAAAGAAAAUGACAGACACUAAGGGACGUGAGAUUUCUCGAUGCGACAAUGCAAAGAGUUUCGAACCUACUUUUCGUAGCGAGACUUACAUCUUAACUUUUUCGAGAUUUCAUUAGGUAAAAAUCUUAAGAUGCCUCAACGAAACCUGUCUGAUUUAAAUUAACUAUUAAGAAGAGUAACAUGGUAAGAAACAUGUCGGAAUUAUGGUGAUCUUCCGUGCUUUUUGUUUGUAAAGCCGUUUACGGACGAUUAGUUUUAAGAAGCCGGGAAAGUGAUGGGAAGUUGAAAAAAGAAGACGUUCUCAGUUUCGAACGGAGAAUAAUGGUCUUGGGUGAGUGACUUUUAGGUAAAAAUCUUAAGAUGCCUCGACGAAACCUGUCUAAUUUAAAUUAGCUAUUAAGAAGAGUAACUUGGUAAGAAACAUGUCGGAAUUAGGGUGAUCUUCCGUGCUUUUUGUUUGUAAAGCCGUUUACGGACGAUUAGUUUAAUCCGCUGCCUCAAGGGCUUGUUUACAAAUUACUGUAGACGUUUUCAAGGUGAAAAAACAAAGAAGUCGAAGUGAGCCACACGAGCCUGUAAAAUAUUAAUGAGGUCUGUUGAACAAUGUCGUCAAUCAACUCGAAUUGAAAUAUUUAGGACGACAGGCAAAUAUUUUGACUGAUAUUGUGGGUAAAACUUCAAGGUUUUCCUGCUGUUAUGAGAAGUGGGUGUUUAAACCUUUAGUUUCUUUUAAUUUUCUCUUUCUAAGUAUCACAGUUUAAAUUUAACAGUUUUUCUUUCAACUUGUUAGAGUUAAAACUUGUAUUGACCCUUAUGAAUAUUUUAUACAACGCUUUAUUGAGUGUUACCGAGGAAUGGUUAACUUUUGAAUGAUUAAAAAAAUUGUGCGGCUUUCCGUAAUGAAGCUGUGAAUGCGUUUUCAUGAAAGAGUCAGAUAUCUAUCGGCAAAUUGUCUCUCAGGUUUGUUAUGUAAACAAUCUCUUUGAAAUCGCAGCCGGCAGGUCACUGCUUGUUAAAUUCAAGAAGAAAAAGGAAGCCCCUCUAAAUACGAAACAAAAUUUUGAUUUUUUCUUUUCCAGUCGUAUUAUCACUUAAGAGAAGAAACUGGGAACCGGAAGAAACCGGAACAUAUGGCAAUCAUAACAACUCACCUCUGAGUUUCAAGUGGGUAUAGUGACGAAGCAACGCGGGUUUUCAUUUCAGCUAAACAGCUGGGACUUCUCAUAUAUAUUAAAUAACUUUUUUUUUCUUUUAUAAAGCAAUAUAACACACUUUUUAUCGGUUUACAGCCGCAUUAACUCACGCCGCCACGCGGGAUGUCCUGAAAAUCAGCGAGAAACGUUGGUGAAUUACAAGCCGAGCACUAAGAACUGCUUUAUCUCUGCCAAUUAAAGAUCGAGGACCGUCCACAAGCGAAACUGCAAUCUAAAGUGCUCACGUAUUAAAUCUAAAAUAAAAAUGCUUGAUCGGUGUGAGAGCUUCCUGUGACGUAGCGUGAUGGGCUAAGACCGGGCGAGAAAUCAAGCAGGCGAGAAACGCUUCUCUGCUCUCUAGCGCGUGUUACCUACUUACUCACUGAGUGCCUCACACGCAGACUGAAGAACAGAAUACGCUUUCUACUUUUCCGAAUUCUACACUGAAAUAAGUUGUAUUCAGCUUUUGAUUCGAUGUGAUCUAGCGCAGACAAUCAAGUGCAACCAAGCCUGUUGGUUUGGUAGCUCAGUAACAGUAUUUAUUAAAUCGCUGGAACAACCCGGGGACAAAAUAUAUUGUCUUACUCCCAAACGCUGAGAAGGAAAUUGACGAGAGUGCAAAGACUAACUAACCUGUGCUGUUGCGUCCAUCUUGGUUACCCUAUUCCUCAUCAGACCACACCAAUCUUGAGCAUACAAAUCAAAGCUUGCUCACACACUUUGUAACGAGAUCCUUCUGGUAUGAUGCUCACUAAUCUAUCAUAUUUAUAGCAGGGCAAUGAUUUAACUCGCUACUUCACAGCUGAUAUUGUCCCGAAGUUUAAUUGAAUGUUAGGAUUGUAUUGGGUUUUAAAUUAAUUGCAGCAACUGGUGGAUUAUUUACUGCAAGGUGUUAAGAGUAAUUUUUCAACUGAGAGUCGUUCUGUGAUUGGUCCAGAAAAUUUGCGCCUUGCCCUAAACCAAUCAGACGUUCUGAGAUUGAUUUAGAUGUCGCACCAGCUCUUGCACUAGAUGCAAGACUACAUCGCGACUCUUCCAUUCGCUUUUUCCUGCACCUUUCUUUUGACAAACCGAAAUGGUAAAUUUGGAUUUGGUUUUUAAGAGAAUCGGGGAAAUGGCCAUGUGCUGAGAUGUCUUGUUAACAGCACAUUUAUAACUUUUUAGAAAAUAAGGAAUUCGUAACUUUUUUGUAACUUAAUACUGUUUCGUUCCUCCUGCAACAGCCGACUUGUGCCAGAGAGUGUGAACGAUCACUUAUUGCGCAGACACCAACAUGUGUGCGCGGGUCACGGAUAGGAUGAACAAGCAUAUGAUCUUCUUCUCUUGACUACCAUUAUCUGAAAGAAGAAGCAGGUUUGAUUUUUUUUUUCGUUUUUUCUUUGUAUUUUUUCUUCCACAGUAAUUAAUAGGAUCAAUCUCAGCAUUUGAGCAACUGCGUACUUACCCCUCCCCUAACCCAACAUUGGCCCGUGAUGACUUGUUAUCAAUUGACUGUGGUUGGGGUAGGGGAGGGGUAGGUGUGCAGUUGCUCCACGGGGCGGGAAGAUGAGAGACCCUGGGAACGAGGUUGAUACUGACAUUGACCUUUGAUUUGCUUUGUUAUGCCAUCUGUCAAAGUUCAAAGUUUUAUCUAAUCCAUCGCAGAAGCAAUUUUCGUUUGUAUUCUCGAAUUCGAUGCUUUGAAUCUCAACUGAAAGGUUGCAAAAAGUUAAAGCAUUCAUUGAAGGUUAACUUCCCGUUUAGAUCGAAGACGUGACUUAACUUGACAAACAAUCUGACAUUAGAUUUUCGUGCGAACUACGUUAAAGCGAUGUUUCACUGCGCCUUUAUUAUAAAACCGACUUAAUGGAGUAUUAUGUACUUAAUGACGGAGUGUGAUGAAGGAUGGGAAAAUAUUUGCCUCUUGGUACGUCAUGCACGAGUGUCAAAUAUUUUACCGUCACGGCCCGAGAGAAAAUAUUGUACCUUUUUGGCCCGACUUAAUAACCUCGCUAAAAGCUAUUUAACAAUACGGCCCCUUUUCUUUUUUCUUUUUUUCUCUAUUCUUUUCUUUCUUUGCGCAUUCCCAAGGUUGUUUGGUGCUUGCGCCACUGCGUACAGGGAUUUGUUUUUACUAUCAGGUAUUCUAUAAAGGCGCGCACAUGUCAUGUGAUAAUACGGAUUGUUACAAGCUGUUUGGGCAUCGUGCAACUUUUUUUUAAUUAACACAAGGAAGUAUUAGCAUGAGCAAUUAAAAGAACGCUCUACGAGGCAGUGAUAGAAAGCCCAUUUCCACUGCCAUCGGAUGUAAGAUAUUGGCUUGUUUAAGACAAGUGUUUCCAUUAUGAACAUUAAUGUGGGUGCGCUUUUACAAGUAUCUCGUUUACUUCACCAGUGGUACUCAAGUACCUGAUUUUUACGGGCACGGCGUUUACGUGUACCUUUUCAAUUACUACCUUUGAUUAAUGCGACUCCGAAUUUGACAAAUCAAUCAAACUCAUCGGUAAACGGAACUGAUUUAAAAGGGUCAGUUCUAAUUCUCUUUGUAUAGUGCCCUGACUUCGUUAAUCGUUCAGUACAAACGUGUGGUUGGCAAGUGAAGGCUUCGUCACAUGUGAAAGAGUUCGAUUCUCUUUAAGCUCAAGAGAGAAGUUUCUUUAAAUCGUGAUUUUUCAUGUUUAUUUAAAAUUGAAUGUCUUGAGUUAAGAUACGAGAGUUACUAUCAUGAGCGAAUUGUCUUGUGAAGAGUUGUUGCAGUAUAUUCCAUCUAUAUCCGACUUCAAAGAUCUUCGUUCAAGUUACAUCGUUAAUUGCGUUUUAAACAAUUUUCUUACCCAUACCGCCAUUGUGUCAAACAUUGUUACAAUGUUAGCGAUAAGGAAAUCCUCGUCAUUGCCGAAUACUUCAAAAACUUUGCUUUUGAGUCUCGCUGCUUCCGAUAUUGGCGUUGGUUUUUUUGUUCAGCCAUUUUACACCUCACUUUUAGUCAACUGGUUGCAACAGAACAAUCCAAACUGUUACGCCUAUGUGAUUUUUAGGAAUAUUGGUUUCCUUUUUGCUACGUCUUCCUUCCUAAGUGUGGUGGCUGUGAGUGUAGACAGAUUCUUAGCUAUUCAUCUUCAUCUCAGGUACCAAGAGUUUGUGACCCACAAGCGUGUUGUUGUUGUGGUGAUAAUAAUAUGGCUGCUAAGUGCAACUGUGCCUUUACUGACAUUAUGGAACUUGCACGAUGUGCAAAGGUUAAUUCUUUCCCUGUUCGGUAUUACUGGUAUUCUUCUGACAACAUUGAUUUACAUGAGGAUUUAUUUUGUGGUACGACGCCACAAGAUUCAUAUUCAGUCUUUGCGAGUUCUACAGUCAGGUGAGAUGGCGAAUUUUUCUGGUCUCAUCAACUCGGCUGUCGGUGUUUUCUACAUAUACGUCCUUCUUAUAAUCUGUUGUUUACCCUUCUUAAUCUGCCUGGGAACGUUGGGGCCUAACAAUUCCAGUACCUCCAUGAAAAAACUUUUUGUCUUUUCGUUGACUUUGUUAUAUCUUAAUUCAUCUCUGAAUCCUGUCAUUUACUGCUGGAAGAUGAGGCACAUUCGACGUGCUAUCAUGGACCUAUUACGAAACAUGUCUUGGGCUAAAAAUCGUGCAUCUCAAUGA